GAAGCAAGGGAGUGGAGAGAGAGAGAAAACGACAGGAGGAUAUUGUGUGUUUAUGUCUGUUUGUCACCACUGGUCCCCCUCUCUGACUAUUCAAACCGUCAACAGUACCGGGGACUUCAAUUCGUCCUAUCCUUCCCAGUAUUGGCUUGGCUCGUGCGGGCUAGUUUGGACGGAAAAAAGCGAGAAGGAUGAUCAUGACUCAGAAGCCCUGGAGAUAGGCCGGAUCACAGAGUGAUUCCCUAAACCCUGCCUUUCACAUCACCUGCUCGAUCCGAAACGCUGGUUUGACACGCCUCUGGACCUUCCCCGGUCACGUUCACCCACCUACCCACACCCCUGCAGAACUGCGUCUGAAACCCCUCACUUCUUCAAACCUCUGCCUGCUGGGAUAAAUGAGUGGAAGGGCUGGAGAGGAUAGGGUUGGGAUAUGUACCAGAACCCACACAGAAUGUCCUGGUUUAGUGGCUUCCUAGUGGCCAGAGUGGAUGACCGAAAGACCUCGUGGGGGGAGCGCAAUGGCAAGAAGUCCAAGCAGAAGGGAGGCUCAUCCCUUUGCAACCCGCGUUACAUGAGCUGCCUGCGGGAUCCGGACGCCAUGGAGCCCCCCUCUGGAGCCCCCCUCCACCCCCACCACCGCGGAGGGCCGGCUGGGGCGGCAGGCGGGGGGGGCAACUUUGGCGUGCGCUGCAUCUGGCAAGAGGACCACUACGGCAAACGGGGCGGCGCCGCCGGGGAAGGGGUGGGGCUCAAAUCUGUCGACCUGGGCUUUGAGGAUGGGGACCUGAAAGGGAGGAAGGUGGGGUGUAGUGGGGGUGGUGGGAAGGGGGGGGAUGAGGGUCCCAAUGGGGAAGGUGAGGUGACGGUGGCGGACUGCUGGCUGCGGGUGAUGCAAGUGUUCCAGUCCAAAAAGUUCCAGUCUCAUAAACUGGAGCGUCUGUACCAGCGCUACUUCUUCAGGCUCAACCAGAGCUCCCUUACCAUGCUGAUGGGGGUGCUGGUGAUUGUGUGCGGCGUGAUGCUUACCUUCCAUUGUGUCCACGCAACCCCGGACGUGGCCUACUCCUCGGCCCUCUCUGUGGCCAUGGCCUUGUUCAUGGCUCUCAUGGUUGUGUGUAACCGGAACGGCUUCCACCAGGACUACAUGUGGAUGGUGAGCUACCUGGUCAUCGGGGUGCUGUUGCUGGUGCAGGUGUUCGGGGUGCUGAUGGUGGCGCCUCGCAGCGCAUCUGAGGGCAUCUGGUGGUCUGUCUUCUUCAUCUACAUCAUCUACACGCUUCUGCCUGUCAGGAUGAGAGCAGCCGUGCUGAGCGGAGGUGUGCUCUCCACCAUUCACCUGGUCACCACCUGGCAGUUCAACCAGGAAGACGUGUUCCUCUGGAAACAGCUGAGCGCCAACGUGCUGAUAUUCCUGUGCACUAACAUCAUUGGGAUCUGUACCCACUACCCUGCUGAGGUGUCUCAGAGACAGGCCUUCCAGGAGACCAGAGGAUACAUUCAGGCCAGACUGCACCUGCAGAGAGAGAACCAGCAGCAGGAACGCCUCUUGCUGUCUGUGUUGCCAAGGCAUGUUGCCAUGGAGAUGAAGGCUGACAUCAACGCUAAGAAAGAAGACAUGAUGUUCCAUAAGAUCUACAUCCAGAAACAUGACAACGUCAGUAUUCUGUUUGCGGACAUUGAGGGUUUCACCAGCUUGGCGUCUCAGUGUACGGCUCAGGAGUUGGUCAUGACGCUCAACGAGCUCUUCGCCCGCUUCGACAAACUAGCAUCUGAGAACCACUGUCUGCGUAUCAAGAUCCUGGGGGACUGUUACUACUGUGUGUCUGGGCUGCCUGAGCCCCGCGCUGACCACGCCCACUGCUGUGUGGAGAUGGGCGUCGACAUGAUAGAGGCCAUCUCGCUGGUGCGUGAAGUGACGGGGGUCAACGUCAACAUGCGUGUGGGUAUCCAUAGCGGCCGUGUGCACUGUGGGGUGCUGGGACUCAGGAAGUGGCAGUUUGACGUGUGGUCCAACGAUGUCACACUAGCCAACCACAUGGAGGCUGGGGGCAAGGCAGGGAGGAUCCACAUCACCAAAGCCACCCUGCAGUAUCUAAAUAGGGAUUAUGAGGUGGAGCCGGGUUUCGGAGGGGAGAGGAACGCCUACCUGAAGGAGAACAGCAUUGAGACCUUCCUGGUGCUGGGCUGCAGCCAGAAACGGAAAGACGAGAAGGCCAUGAUGGCCAAGAUGCAGAGGACGCGGUCCAACUCCAACGAGGGCCUGAUGCCUCGCUGGGUGCCUGACACAAGGUUCUCCAGGACCAAGGACUCCAAAGUCUUCAGACAGAUGGGGAUUGAUGAGUCGUCCAGCAAAGACAACCGUGGUGCCCAGGAGGCAAUGAACCCUGAAGAUGAGGUGGAUGAGUUUCUGGGGCGAGCCAUCGAUGCUCGCAGCAUCGACCAGCUGAGGAAAGACCACGUCAAGAAGUUCCUGCUCACCUUCCAGACCUCUAGCCUGGAGAAAAAGUAUUCGAAGAAGGUAGACGAUCGCUUUGGGGGUUACGUGGCUUGUACCCUCCUGGUCUUCUGCUUCAUCUCCUUCAUCCAGAUUGUCAUAUUUCCACACACCCCAGUCAUGCUGGGGAUCUACAUCAGUAUCUUCAUCAUCCUCGCCAACAUCCUCUUCAUCUGUGCCAUAUAUUCCUGCAUUAAGCUGUUUCCAGCUGCGAUGCAGAUAGUGUCAAAGAAGAUAGUCCAGUCUCGUACCAACAGCACUCUGGUGGGGGUGUUUACCAUCAUCCUCGUCUUCAUCUCUGCCUUUGUCAACAUGUUUGCUUGUGACACGGAGAGUUUGGUGGACUGCAUUGCCCGGGAGCUGAACAUCUCUGUUUCCAUGGUGACCCCCUGUCUCAUCCGCAACCUGUCUGUGUCGGUAGAUGGGGGUCUAGAGAUUUGUCCCAGCCAGGGCCCCUCAUGUCCCUUCCCAGAGUAUUUCAGCUACAGUGUGCUGCUGACCCUGUUGGCCUGUUCAGUGUUCCUCCAGAUCAGCAGUAUAGGGAAGCUGGCCCUCAUGCUGCUCAUCCAGCUCACCUUCCUGCUGCUGGUGGAGUGGCCACAGGUGGCGCUGUUCGAAAAUGCUGACCUCUUUGUCACCUCCAAAGCCCUUGAUUUCAAUGAAACUAUUCAAUGGUCCAGUUUCAAUGAAACUACAGACGAGUGCCCGUUCAGUGUGACCAAAGUAUCUCUGAGAGUCAUGACUCCUGUGAUUCUCACUGUGUUUGUGCUGGCGCUCUACCUCCAUGCCCAGCAGGUGGAGUCCACUUCACGCCUCGACUUCCUCUGGAAACUACAGGCCACAGAGGAGAAGGAGGAGAUGGAGGAGCUUCAGGCCUACAACCGCCGUCUCCUCCACAACAUCCUGCCCAAGGACGUGGCGGCUCACUUCCUGGCGCGUGAGCGCCGUAACGACGAGCUCUACUACCAGUCCUGUGAGUGUGUGGCCGUCAUGUUCGCCUCCAUUUCCAACUUCUCUGAGUUCUACGUGGAGCUGGAGGCCAACAAUGAGGGAGUGGAGUGUCUUAGGCUGCUCAACGAGAUCAUCGCCGACUUUGACGAGAUCAUCAGUGAGGAGAAGUUUCGUCAGCUGGAGAAGAUCAAGACUAUUGGCAGCACCUACAUGGCCGCCUCGGGUCUCAAUGAUUCCACCUACGACCGUGAGGGCCGCUCCCACAUCACGGCUCUGGCCGACUACGCCAUGAGACUGAGGGAACAGAUGAAGUACAUCAACGAGCAUUCCUUCAACAACUUCCAGAUGAAGAUAGGUCUGAAUAUUGGGCCAGUGGUGGCAGGGGUGAUUGGAGCACGGAAGCCCCAGUACGAUAUAUGGGGGAACACGGUCAACGUAGCCAGUCGCAUGGACAGCACAGGAGUCCCAGACCGCAUUCAGGUUACCACGGACCUCCACCAGGUGCUUUCAGAUAUAGGAUAUGUUCUGGAGUGCCGUGGGGUCGUCAAAGUCAAGGGCAAAGGAGAAAUGACGACCUACUUCCUGAAUGAUGGACCGCCCAAUAGUUAGCAGCCGUGGCAGCACUAGCCGGGACCAUUCCCGCGGCAGGACUACUGAGGGAGGACUCGCACCGCGAGCUAGCGGCUAACAACUAGCGACGCCAUCACUUGAAACCCGAGCCAAGAGAAAAGACUUUGAGACUCCAGGACUUGAGAAGGAAAAUGUUCUUGUUGAGAAGGAAAGUGUACUUAUGUGGCAGCCAUGUUUUGGCACCCACACACAUGGAAGGACAAGUAUUUUUCUCAUGUCUAGCCUUUCUCUCAGGCUACUUUAAAGAUGCAAAGUCUGUUUAUUUAAAACAACGCCUUUAGCCUGUGUCAAAAAAAGAAAAAGGCUGUACAUAAGGCUACUUUUUAUUUGACAUCAUUUUCUGUGAUUUUUUUUUUUCCAUCAUUUUUUCCCCAGCAGAAUUAUGAAACAGGUACUCAUGUUUUAUUUCUGGGUUACUUAUUUAUUUUAAUCUUGAUGUUUUGUGCAAAAAUUCCUUUAUGAAAAAGUCUGAAUACAUACGUGCACAGAUAUCCAGUUUAUUACACGUUUAUAAGUGUGUAUGUACAUGCAUAUUUGUGUGUAUGAAUAUGUGUAUAAAUUGAAGGAAAAUAUUGACCAAAGACCAAAGUAUUUACGAAAAACAAGGCAAGACAUGUCUGUUAUGUUCUCGCAAAAGUCUGCAAUGAUCACCAACUCAAUCUGUUGCACGGCAGUACCCUCAGUCUUUUUAGUACAGUGCUGGCAAAUGCUAUUAAUCAAUAUGGGCAAAAUAUGUAACAACUUUAAUUUUGUUUAUCAAUCAGCCAGCAAAGAGGUCCAGUACAGCUUAUCAUUGAUGACAUCUAUAUGAUUACUCUGCCUCCAUCUCUAAAAUGUGUUAUUUAAGAUUAAAUAGAGGCUUGGUAGCCUUUUUCAAGUCCGGGGGAGAGGGUUCAACCUGUCGGUUCAACAAAAUGAGAGGAAAUAGGAUGGUCCCCCCUCCUCCUUAACCCUUGUCAAAUUUGUUCCCCCUACCAUGGCUCAGUCCAGCUAUAACAGUUCGAGCACCCAAGGCACAGUUGUAUACAGCAAAGGCAUACUGUCAACUGCUCCAUCCCUUUCAAAUGUGUCCCUUCCCAUUUGUUUUGCAAAUGGAAAUUAAAGGACUCAAAACGAAAAAAGAUGUUCCAGAACCAGAGGGGAAAGCCUGGGCAUUAAAUACAGUGGUACCGGACAGCCGCCUAAGAUGUUCCAGAACCAGAGGGGAAAGCCUGGGCAUUAAAUACAGUGGUACCGGACAGCCGCCUAAGAUGUUCCAGAACCAGAGGGGAAAGCCUGGGCAUUAAAUACAGUGGUACCGGACAGCCGCCUAAGAUGUUCCAGAACCAGAGGGGAAAGCCUGGGCAUUAAAUACAGUGGUACCGGACAGCCGCCUAAGAUGUUCCAGAACCAGAGGGGAAAGCCUGGGCAUUAAAUACAGUGGUACCGGACAGCCGCCUAAGAUGUUCCAGAACCAGAGGGGAAAGCCUGGCCAUUAAAUACAGUGCUACCGGACAGCCGCCUAAGAUGUUCCAGAACCAGAGGGGAAAGCCUGGGCAUUAAAUACAGUGGUACCGGACAGCUGCCUAAGAUGUUCCAGAACCAGAGGGGAAAGCCUGGGCAUUAAAUACAGUGGUACCGGACAGCCGCCUAAGAAGUUCCAGAACCAGAGGGGAAAGCCUGGGCAUUAAAUACAGUGGUACCGGACAGCCGCCUAAGAUGUUCCAGAACCAGAGGGGAAAGCCUGGGCAUUAAAUACAGUGGUACCGGACAGCCGCCUAAGAUGUUCCAGAACCAGAGGGGAAAGCCUGGGCAUUAAAUACAGUGCUACCGGACAGCCGCCUAAGAUGUUCCAGAACCAGAGGGGAAAGCCUGGGCAUUAAAUACAGUGGUACCGGACAGCUGCCUAAGAUGUUCCAGAACCAGAGGGGAAAGCCUGGGCAUUAAAUACAGUGGUACCGGACAGCCGCCUAAGAAGUUCCAGAACCAGAGGGGAAAGCCUGGGCAUUAAAUACAGUGGUACCGGACAGCCGCCUAAGAUGUUCCAGAACCAGAGGGGAAAGCCUGGGCAUUAAAUACAGUGGUACCGGACAGCCGCCUAAGAUGUUCCAGAACCAGAGGGGAAAGCCUGGGCAUUAAAUACAGUGGUACCGGACAGCCGCCUAAGAUGUUCCAGAACCAGAGGGGAAAGCCUGGGCAUUAAAUACAGUGGUACCGGACAGCCGCCUAAGAUGUUCCAGAACCAGAGGGGAAAGCCUGGGCAUUAAAUACAGUGGUACCGGACAGCCGCCUAAGAUGUUCCAGAACCAGAGGGGAAAGCCUGGGCAUUAAAUACAGUGGUACCGGACAGCCGCCUAAGUUUGAAUCGCUAACGAGUAUUUUCUAAAGAAAGAAGGAAGUAAAUAUAUAUAUAUAUAAAUAUAUAUAUUAGGCUGAAUACUGUGCUUUGUAAUCUUGAAGGGGCAUAACUAUUUUCACUGUGAGGUUAUGAUACGACAAACUGCUUUUUUGCCUAACUUAACUGCUUUAAAGCAUGUCUGAUUGUGGUAUCCUGUUUUCAAUUCUGUUUGUUUUAACGUUGAGUAUUUUUUAUCACCUCUGUAUUCAUAAUUUGUAUUAACCUUAUGGUUGUUGUUAUUAUGAUGAAUUAUUACUCUUAUUAUGAUGAUUCCAUUCCAAUGAUAAGGAUCAAAGGGCAGAACGCUUUCUUGUAAAAUGCCAGACGUAAGCUCAAGCUCAAUGGUACCAACUGAUCAACUGCAGCCAACUACAGUAUUUCAAACACUGGCCCUAGAUUUGAUCACACAUACUCAUUAGAUGUCGCUUUUCCACAGAUAUACAGAUUGUACACUGUACCUUUUUAUUGAGCAAACACUACUGCAGGACUAAGCUCAGUCAGGUUAUGCACUGAUCCCAUCCCUAUCAGACUUCAGGGCCCUCAGAGAGACAGGACACAAUCAGCAGUGUGAGCAGUAUUAGAACUCUGCCUUAAUUGAACAAGCCACUGGAGAAUACAGUGAGAAGAGGAACUGAGUUUCACAGAGGCAGAGAAAUCGAGGGAAGGAUAGACAGCCUGUGAAAGCUAAUGGAAAUAAUUUACUGACCUUAGCAUUGACUCAACACUGACUUUAUUUAGAUAAUUUUGACUUCCCAAUAACAUUUUCAAAACACACUUGACUAUGGACACUAAAAGUUGAUAAUGUUCGUACUAAAGCAAGCUAAUGCAGCCUCAUGUUAUUGCCCCCUUCCCGUGUAGUGAUGUUUGGCCUUGAGCGUGUGGGACCGCCGGGGAACAGUAAAGGUCUUGGGGUCAAUAAAUGACUGAGGUUGUGCCUAAUUGAGAGUGAUUAACAUAGAAAUAGAAUACAUAGAAUGGACGUGGUUAGUAAGAUGAUGCACGUUCUAUUCUAUUUCUAUGGGCUGUCUUGUCUUUGGGUUGGGUGGUUGUUAAUUGUUGACUGUUGGGAUGUUUUUAGGGCACAGAUGAGGGGAGGAGGGUUGUCCCAGAACUACUGAGAGUGUGUUUUGCUCAAGCCUGAUGAAUCCAGACCCCUUCUUUUUGUUUUCUACCCCUGUGUUGAAGGAGUUCAGAAGGCACUGUUUUUACUGAGGUGAAGGACAAGAAGAGUUUAGGACAAUGACAGACAAAAUAACAUUUCCCCUUGAAGAAAAAAAUUGAAUAAAAACAAUGGCUGUUUUA